CUCUCCCACUCUGGACUUCCGUGGUGGUCAACAAUUCACCCGGAAACCAACGCUCAUGCGUCUGAAGAGCGUCUUUCGCAGAGUCACUCGCAAGCUGGCCGCCAUGAACGCCACUUUCCGCUUCGCCUUACUGGAGCUGCCGACAGAACUCAUUGCACAAAUCAUCGAGCACGUCGAUAACCGGACGACAUUGAAGCACCUCGCUUGCACGUGUAGGAAGAUUCAAGAACUGACUGAACCCGUGCUCUAUCGAUCUGCCCUCAUCCGCGAUGCUGUCCAAAUGACAAACAUGUUGCAUUCCGUCGUGGGAAACCGGCCAGCUCGAGCAAAGGCCAUUCAUCACCUCGAUGUGCCUUGCCACCCGCGCUCCAGUCCUUCUUUCGAUGAUCUCGGUGUACUGUUAGAGAAUGCUCUCAACUUGAGAAGACUGAUGGUGGAAAGUCCUGAAUGCAAUACUGGCGAAUUCGAAGACGAAGACAGUUACGAGCACAUGGCCCGGAACUUGUUUCGGCCUUUCGAGAGCGCCGUGUGCGUGAAUGAUGUAGAGAGAAGGCCUCUACAGAGGCUACAAGAGCUCGUUCUACAUCUUAAUGGAAAGGAGUCACCUUACUGGACGAUCGGCAGGCGAUGUCUGUCUAUCUUUCUCCUCCCCUCCCUCCAAAAGCUCACGCUCUCGUGUGUCAACAUCGAGGAUGACGUGGUGGAGAGCAUUCGGGACAGAUCAUUUACUUCUUUGAAACACCUUACCUUGGAGGAGUCGAACAUCACCCAUCAAGGUCUAAUAGGCAUAUUGUCCCUGCCAAAGGCACUAGAGACACUGUACCUGGGCGAGAACUGCCAUAACAUGACGCAUUUCGAUCAGCAACUCAAUCCUGCAGCCAACUACCUGUUCCGGAACGACCCGGGGCUAACUCUUCAAGCGCUCAGUCAGCAAAAGGAUAGUCUAAAGGCCUUGACCUACGUGGCCACCUCAUACUACCAGCACAGGUCGCUCAUCAGGCCUCCGCACUCACCUACAGAUGCAGGUUUCGCGGAAUUCCGCAGCCUGGAGUCUGUCACCUUGUGCGGGCAGUGCCCUAACUUUGAGCGCGCCGUUAUGAGUUCACAGAGUCCCUCGGGCCUCAAAACACUCGUGUUCCAGACGGACGAGAUUUACUGGGCACCACUCGGGCCUACCGCAUCAGUCUCAGCACUCGACGCAAUCCCUUUUCUGCGUGCUCCAGCCUGCUCUGUGCCUCCUGCUCUGUCCACUGUGCGCAUUGUUGGCCGAGAGCAGGAUUUCACAGCUGCGAUGAAGGGUAGGAUCUCGUCCGCAGCGAAGGAGAUGCUGAAAUUGGGCGUCACUUUGGAAGUACAGGUCGAAUCAAGAUCUACCUACUUUCCGCCAUUUCUGUACGGAGAACCGCUGCCCAAGGCCACCACCGUCUUUGAUGGAACGUGGAGACUGACGGAGCACCGGCCACGGACUCUGUGGAAUGAUUGGGGUGAUUCAUCCUCAGAGGAGUAGUCAGCCAUACGGCAGGCAUAACAUG